AUGGGUUUUUUAUUUUUAUCUGAAUGGAUAAAUAUUGGUCAAAAUCAAAAUCUUGAUGGAAUAACAAAAAUUGAUCCUCAAAUGAUUGGACAAAUAUUUAAAUCUAUCUAUGAUCUUAUAAUGAAUUUAACAUAUAUUUUAAUUGUUUUAAUUAAUUCAAUAGAAAAUAUUUUAAUUGUAUCAUUAACAACGUUUAUAGUUAAAUAUAUUGAAUCAAUAUUUAAUAUUUCAUUAUCGUUAUCGUUAUCAAAUAUAUUAACUGGUUCGAUUAUUAUUCCAGCAGCUAUAUUUGGAACAAUAACAGGAGGAUAUUUGAUUUGUCGUUUUCAUAUGAAUAUCUAUCAAUCAAUUAAAUUAAUAUUAAUAUGUUGUUUUAUAUCUUUAAUAUUUCUUUUCUCACUUAUUUUUCUUAAAUUACGACAUGAACUUCAAUCAUUUAGUUUAGGUUUUGAAAAUUGUAAUGUGAAACUUCUUUCACAAAUUCCAACACCUAUUUUAUUUGGAAUAAUUCUUGAUGAUCAAUGUUUAUUUUAG